ACAUAUACACACACACACACACACACACACAUGCGAGCGUACGCGCACACACACUCACGUAUAUGCGGGGAGAGCGCACACAGUCAAAGCAGAGCCACGUUUGGGAUUGUCUAACGUUAACACCGCGACACCUGGAUGCCCCCGGACCGCAGGACGCAUCCUGAUGGGCCUUCGCCGCUGAUCUGCAGCCACAUCUGGUCGACACCUCGGAGGAUCUUUGGGCUCUGAUGGUACUAGCUGAUAAGUGACCGUUACCUGCCUGAGGACACCUGCUGCCCAACUCCCCUCAUCAUGUCUGGGAUUCAUGCGCCAUGGUCAACUGGAACAGAGUGUGUCGCCAAGUAUAACUUCCAGACUGCCAACGAACAGGACCUGCCCUUCUGUAAAGGAGAUGUACUGACCAUCAUCGGAGUCACCAGGGAUCCAAACUGGUACAGAGCAAGGAACACUGUGGGACGGGAGGGCACCAUCCCAGCCAACUAUGUGCAAAAAAGGGAAGGAGUCAAGUCAGGCGGGAAACUUAGUCUCAUGCCCUGGUUUCACGGGAAGAUAACCCGGGAGCAGGCCGAGCGGCUCCUCUAUCCCCCGGAAACGGGUUUGUUUCUGGUGAGGGAGAGCACCAACUAUCCCGGCGACUACACCUUAUGUGUCAGCUGCGAUGGCAAGGUGGAGCACUACCGCAUCAUCUACCACAACGGCAAGCUCACCAUCGACGAGGAGGAGUACUUCGAGAACCUCAUGCAGCUGGUGGAGCAUUACACCAAAGAUGCCGACGGCCUCUGUACCCGCCUUAUUAAGCCCAAGCUGAUGGAGGGAACGGUGGCGGCGCAGGACGAGUUCUCCAGGAGCGGCUGGGCCCUGAACAGAAAGGAGCUGAAGCUCCUCCAGACCAUCGGCAAAGGGGAGUUCGGAGACGUGAUGGUAGGAGACUACAGAGGGACCAAGGUGGCGGUCAAGUGCAUCAAAAACGACGCCACGGCGCAGGCUUUUAUCGCCGAAGCCUCUGUCAUGACGCAACUGAGACACAACAACCUGGUGCAGCUGCUGGGGGUGAUUGUGGAGGAGAGGGGGAGUCUCUACAUCGUUACAGAAUACAUGGCCAAGGGCAGCCUAGUGGAUUACCUGCGCUCCAGAGGAAGGACCGUUCUCGGUGGCGACUGCUUACUCAAGUUCUCCCUUGACGUGUGUGAAGCCAUGGAGUACCUGGAGGCCAACAACUUCGUCCACAGAGACCUGGCCGCUCGCAACGUGCUGGUCUCCGACGACAACAUUGCCAAGGUCAGCGACUUCGGCCUCACCAAGGAGGCCUCCUCCAUACAGGACACUGCCAAGCUGCCCGUCAAGUGGACCUCCCCCGAAGCACUAAGAGAGAAGCGGUUUUCCACCAAGUCGGACGUGUGGAGUUAUGGCAUCUUACUGUGGGAGAUUUACUCCUUUGGGCGUGUGCCUUACCCUAGAAUUCCGUUGAAAGAGGUGGUGCCCCGGGUGGAGAAGGGGUACAAGAUGGACGCCCCGGACGGCUGCCCGCCGGUGGUCUACGACCUGAUGAAGCAGUGCUGGACCCUGGACCCCGUGGUGCGGCCCUCCUUCCGCAUGCUGAGGGAGAAGCUGCAGCAUAUCAGAGCCAAAGAGCUCUACCUGUGAAGAGGAGGCGGGGGUGGAGGGGGGGUCCAGCAGGAGGAUGACUGAAGAAGAGGAGGAAGAGGAGGAAGAGGGCGCCGCGCCGCCUCCCCUCCUGCCUUCUUGUGGGACUGCCACGCCCCCAACCUGACCUCCGCCGGCCGGCCUCCUGCCGCCACACUUAGGACUGUUCUCCCUGUUUGUGUUGUAUAGCUUUCGCCUGGACAGUUUCCUCUUCUCUCCACGGGCCACCGCUCUCCCCUCCUCUUCCUCCUCCUCCUCCUCCUCCUCUCCCCUCCUCUCUCCUUCCUCCUCCUCCUCCUCCUCCUCUCCUGAACACGGCAUUACCUGGAGGGGAGGCUGGCCUUUUCCCUCCUCGUUUGUCAGGUGCUCUCUCUUCCCCCUUCACCUCCCCUCCUCUGGUUUUUGUUUGUUUUUUUUAAACCAUUCCUGGCCGUCUGUGUCACCGCGUGGCCCUGCAUGCCUCUCCACCCGGCUCCUCAUCAUUCCAUCCUCCUCCUCCUCCUCCUCUUCCUCGCCGCGGUGUCAGGCGUGGGGCUUCUCGCUCUGUGCCAAAGUGCCUCCAGUCCACAGAGCUCCAGACUUCCCUCCAACUUUUUUUUUUUUAAUUGGACUUUUGUGGUUUGAUUUUUUUGUUAUUACUUUUUUUUUUUUAAACAAUAUUUUUUUAUUGCUUUCUUUUCUUUUUCAGGGAGGUUAUUGAACCAUUUUUUUCUGUCUCCCCCUCCAUUGCCCCCACAUCAGACUGGGUGUUUAGUUCUUUUGUUUUUUUUCUCCCCCUUGGUUUCCAUGAAGAGCCCGAUAACGGGAUGAGGAAGGAUUCAGUUUGACGGAGGGGGAGUUUCUCCUUCAUCCCCCGAACGAGACAUCCCAGAGGAGCGGCGGG